CUGCCAGUCUCGGGCCGCGAGCGCGAGCGGCUGCGCGCCGAACACGCAAAAUACGUAAGCGCCCUGGCGAACGACGAACGCUGCGCUCGCCGCGGCGUCACGUUCUCCGGAUCGACCGCGAACGGCAACACUACCACCGUGACUGAAUUUCAGUGUCAAAAGGUUCGCGUCCGCGAAUUCUACAUCGCGAUGCAGCGUUGCCCCUACAUCCACGAGAUGAAGGAGCGACUGCUCGGCGCACCGGUGGAAACUCUGGAGACGAAAGAGGCGAGGGAGGCGAGGGAAGUGCGGGAGCCAUCGCGCGACCGCGCCCUCGAACAAAUACAAGACACCCAGGUCGGCACCAUCGUCAAACUGAAUUCGGACGGAUACGGUUCGCACACGUCGCCGGCGCGCGCGCCACUCGUCACGGACGAGUGCGAAGCGCCGGCGGACGAAACCGACGCCCUCUCACCCACUGAGGCGGUACUACGGUACCGUGCCUGCUGUCAACUUGACACUAAACCUAAAAAUGCCAAAACCUCAUUAUUUAUAAUUUCAAGUUUUAUUUACGCGAAGCUUCUGGUUGUGGUUUGCAUUGCCUAUGUCAUCAGUGAUGUUAUUACCCACAACCUCCCACUUUACUACUACGAAGGUUUCUUCACCUACCUAUAUGGCAUGAGCAUAUUAUUCUUGCUGUACGUCUUCUGUUUCCUACUACAAGAAAGUACCUGCUGUAACGGUAGUCCACCAAAACCGAAGCCUCCACCAAAAGAGAAGAAACCCAAGAAAGAAAAAGAAAAGAAGACCAAAGAUAAAGAAGGCAAAGAUGGAAAAGAAGGGAAAAAAGAUGGUAAGAAAGAUGGUAAAUCAAAGGACAAGGAUAAAGAUAAGGAAAGCGGAAAGGAUAAAGCGAACAAAGAAAGCAAGAAACAAAGUCAGUUUCAGGAGGUGUAUCCCCGUAAGAUGCGUGAUAAAGUUCGUCAACAACAAUUACAAAUGCAAAUGGCUCAAUUGUAUGCGUCUGAACAGCAACAAGAUGUGGUGGAGCUAGAAGCGGGGCCUGUGGCGAGGCCAAUGCGCCGGCGAAAAACUUCACAGAAUGAUCACAGCCACGGUAGCUUCUUCUUAAGAAUAGGCGCAAUUGCCUUCGGCCUCGGAACCAUGAUCUAUAAUGGAUUGGAAUUUGGAACAUUUUUCGAAUUACCAUUAGAAUCACCUUGUUACCUUAUCCUUAAAGGGAUCAAUCCAGUAUUGCAGAUGGUUUUUACAUUUAUGCAAAUGUAUUUUAUUUUCAUGAAUUCGCGAUUGAAUAUUCACCGCUUCAAGGUAAUCGCCCGGUUUGGUUUAAUGCACGUUGUUGCUACCAACAUUUGUGUAUGGAUUCGCACUCUUGUACUAGAAUCUCUAAAAGAGAUUACUGACUACCAUGUUAAGAAUCCUCAUGGUGUUCCUGGGGAAGGCAUACUUGGAAAAGUCAUCCGAAAGCACACCUUAAGGCAUUCUGGUAAAGUAUUUGGUGCUGCGACAACAGUUGCGUCCACGGCAGUUUCCAUGGCUAAGAGUUCUAGUGAUCAGAUACUAAGCAUCGUUACAACUGCUAAUCCUACCACGGCUUCAACUACCACGGCCACUCUUUCACCAUAUUAUAAUGCCGGUGGUGGGUUCAUGCCACAAUCGAAAAUAAUUGAUACUAUAAAAAGCACAGUAGGUUACGGAAAUGAUAUGGGCUAUGGUCACGGGCAAGAAUCAUGGCCUAAUGAUAACCCAUUCACAACAACGUCCACUAUUGCACCAAUAACGUCGCAGAACGGAAAAGUGACUCAGACUCAAACGGCCAUGUUGGAAGUUUUCCAAUGGCUUUACACUUCAACCUUGAAACCAAUUGUCAGCACCAUGACAACAAUGGUCGCUUCCACACCUGGACCUUACGUAACUGACAAAGAUGAAUGGGGCAAUAGCAUUCAAAAGUAUCGCGUUGAUGAACCACCUCAUGUGCCAGCCAACAACUCAACAGAAGUCUUCGAGUCUUUCGACACUUUGAACCCAGCUGCCUUGAUCGCCAAUAUUGAUAAUUCAACAGUAUGUGGAAGGAAUCCUAUCAUGGGUACUAUUGUCACCGAUUCUGCUCCGUACCUUUACCCCUUCAUUAUUGAAUAUUCACUUAUCGGAGCAGCUGUUAUUUAUGUCAUGUGGAAACAUAUUGGGAGAUACCCAAGCGUGGCGAACGAUGAAGAUCUGGAAAGACGUCUGGAAGCUGUUCUCUCCCGCAGGGCAGCGGCUUUAGCGGCCGCUCAACGAGGCAAUCGUGUGGACUGUGCAGGCGCAUCCAAGGGCCUUUUCUGUGGAUUGCUGCUUUUAGUCGCAUCACUUAUCUGCUUGAUUCUCUUCUUCGUCUUGAUCAGGCAUCAGGAACUAAAACGCCUAUCGAUUUACCUGGCCGAUGUAUCACACUGCGCGCUUAUGAUCCUAUCCAUUUUGGCAAUUUUGAUUGGAUUUAUACGGGUGCAAUCUUUGAAGUUCCGCUCUGAAGAACAAUCCGACUUGAAUGACAUCUUGCUCCGUGUUUCUGCUUUUGGACUCUUCUUGUAUGCUGUGUUCAGCGUCAUCGCCGGUGGAAUGGGCGCUUUCACUCACGAACCAAACCUGCUCGUGAUGAUUACCGGGUGUCUGAGCGUACUUCAGGUCAUACUUCAACUGCUGUUCAUAGCAGAUGUUUCCCGUCGCCGUGUGCACUUACCCGAGCAAGAGCGUAGCAAGCCUGCACGUCAAGCCGUUACCUUCCUUCUCAUCUGCAACGUUACCAUGUGGCUUAUUUACACCUUCGAGGCACAAAAAGUCUUGGCUAACCCGGUACAACUGGACUUCUACGGUUUCGUAGCUUGGUCGCUUGUUCAACGAUUCACUCUUCCGCUUUGUAUCUUCCAUCGUUUUCACUCGGCUGUUACUCUAGCCGAGAUUUGGAAAUCUAGUUACAAAGCACGAUUGGAGUGA